AUGCUUGAGUUGUUAAUGACUGGUAGGGAAAUUGCGUAUUCUCUUAAUGAAGAUGGGAACAUCGUCUGUCUUCAUUGCCCAACUCUGCAGUCCCAAUGACUUGAGAUUUCACAUCCUUCCGCAGCGUUGCACCUUUGCCUCACCGUUUGAUGAUGCUGGCCAUGCAGGUAGACAGCACGACAUCAGUCAGUGGUUAUUGGUCACGGUUGAGGAGAUGGGAGGAGUGCGGAUCUUUGCGGCUGUGAGUGGUGUGCUCUGAAGACCACCAAUGCCAUUCCUUGCCUAACAACUCAGUGCCAAACCCCCACCUGCCCCUCUACACCUCCAGAGCCAAACCAAGACUUCCCUGAGACACAGACUCACCAAGACCACACCCACGUCACCUGCACCACCGCCAUCUUCAUCUCGUCCUGGACCCAGGCCUCGACAACCAGCCUCGACAACCAGCCUCCCCUCCUCCUGCUCCGGCCUCUGACACUCUCACCCUGCUGGGGAUACGGAGAUAAAUGAGCCUGGCAGCAGUCGCUUUGAGCCGUGUGGAAGCUAAGCCCCGUGAGGUGUGAUGCGCGCAGCGUAGAGCGUCCGACCCUCUCCGAGGCAGCGCAGCCAUGAGCCAGCAGGAGGCGCCGCUGGGCGUGGAGCCGUGCGAUGCGGUCGAGGCCGACCUACCCCCGCAGACGCAACACGCGGCCCCGCAGACGCACGGCCACCGCCGCAGGCAGGACAACGGCGGAUCGAGCGAGGGAGGCUCCAGACCCACCCGAACUCGCCACCACCACCACCACAGCAGCAGCAGCAGCAGCAGCAGCAGCAGUAACAACAACAACGGGCACGGGGGAGACAACGGCCAGCAGCAGCAGCAGCAGCAUCCCCCCGCCAGGUACCGCAGGUAUGACCCCUCGGAGGCCAGCAGACCCAGGGGCCAGCGGAGAGCGACGGAGGGGGACGCGGAGGCGGCCGAGCAGCACGCGCAGCAGACAGUGCAGGCCACGCAGGGCCAGCAGGCCCAGCCCCAGCAGCCCAUCCCGAGGCCGGCGGUCAGCCGCUACCGGAGGCAAGGGGACAACGAGGCCAGGCUGCGAGCGCAGCAGCAGAGACAGAGGCAGCGACAGCAGAGAGAGGCAGAGAGGGCGGAGAGGGAGGAGGUUCAGCAGCAGCGUCAUGCCCCUCCUGUCCAGCCACAGCCUCAGGCUCCGCCACCGGCAGCCCCACCGGCCGAACGGGAAGAGGCGGAGGAGGACGACGGCGCGCUUAACCGCUCGGCCAGCACGGAGAGCGCCUUCCACAACCACACGGACCGCGCCGAGGGCGAUGCCGACAUGGCCCUGGAGCCGCCGGAGCCCGAGGACGAGAGCGGCUACGGCCUGACGCUGCGGCCCGAGGCCGACGAGUACGCCGAGAGCGCCGAGUCCGAGCAGCUGCCCCACCCACACCCAGCGCAGCAGCCGCAGCCACAGCAUCCGCCGCAGGCCCCGCCGCUGCCGCGAGACCCCCUGCCCAACACCGAGCGGCCCCGCACCCUCCACCCGGAGGCCCCCAACCCCGGCAGCGGCUACUCCAACUACGUCUACACCCAGCCGGCGUACCGCGUCUCCUCUGCCCGCGAGGGGGCAGGUCCCACCGGAGGCGGCGGCGGCGGUGGAGAGGUGCACGAAGCGACGAAGGACGAGCCCUACGCCGACUACAGCCCGCAGGAGCACGUGUACGAGGAGAUCGCCGAGGCGGCGGCGCACGCCGGCGGAGGCCCCGAGUGCCAGAUGCAGCAGCAGCAGCAGCGUUGCCGUCAGCGACAGCAGUUGAGCUUCCGGCAGUUUGAGCGCGAGGACAGCGGCGGGAGCACCGGCAGCACCUACCGGCAGCAGGAGGCGGUGGGCUCGCGCCUGCACCACUACGACGAGCGCUCGGACGGCGAGUCGGACAGCCCCGAGAAGGAGGCCGAGUUCGCGCCGUACCCGCGCUCCGACAGCUGCGAGCGGGAGCACGAGGACGAGGACAUCGACCAGAUCGUGGCCGAGGUCAAGGAGAGCCUGAGCUCGCAGAGCCUGCAGCGCGCGGCCAUGGGCCUCGAGGGAGAGGAAGAGGGGGAGGAAGAGGAAGGCGAAUGGCCCGAAUCGGAGCACAGCGUCCAGACCGCUCAGGAGGACCAAGACCAGCCCAUGGAGCCGGCCGACGAGGAGGGCGAGGAGAUGAUGGAAGAGGAGGAGGACGUGGAGGUGCCGCUGCCCAACGUCAGCCCCGGCGAGAGGCCCGCCCAGCAGCGCAUCAGCCGGGAGAAGAGGGACGCCAUCUCGCUGGCCAUCAAGGACAUCAAGGAGGCCAUCGAGGAAGUGAAGACGCGCACAGUGCGCUCGCCCUACACGCCUGAUGAGCCCAAAGAGCCCAUUUGGGUGAUGAGGCAGGACCUGAGCCCCACUGCUGAGAAUGACCUACAGCCGUCACUAGGGGGUGAAUCUCCAGGCUCUGGGUCCAACUCACCCCAAGGGGCGGAGUCCUCCAGCCACCACAUGCCUAUGCUCGAGGGGAGUGACAGCUUCGAGACGCCAUCGCCCGCCGGGAAAGAGUCCCGGAGAAGUCUGGCUUCUUUCCCCACGUACGUGGAAGUGCCAGGCCCCUGUGACCCGGAGGACCUCAUCGAUGGCAUCAUCUUCGCUGCUAACUACCUGGGCUCCACGCAGCUCCUCUCCGACAAGACCCCGUCGAAGAACGUGCGCAUGAUGCAGGCCCAAGAGGCUGUGAGCCGCAUCAAGACGGCCCAGAAAUUAGCCAAAAGCAGGAAGAAGGCCCCAGAGGGAGAGGCUCAGCCCAUGACUGAAGUGGACCUCUUCAUCUCCACCCAGAGGAUCAAAGUGCUCAACGCCGACUCACAGGAGACCAUGAUGGACCACCCUCUGCGGACCAUCUCGUACAUAGCGGACAUCGGGAACAUCGUGGUGCUGAUGGCCCGGCGCAGGAUGCCUCGGCCCGACUCACAAGAGAACCUGGAGGCUUCCGACCCGGCCCAGGACGAGAAGCGCCAGUACAAAAUGAUCUGCCACGUGUUUGAGUCUGAAGAUGCCCAGCUCAUAGCGCAGUCCAUUGGCCAGGCAUUCAGCGUGGCAUACCAGGAAUUCCUGCGUGCCAACGGCAUCAACCCGGAGGACCUGAGCCAGAAGGAGUACAGCGACCUCCUCAACACCCAGGACAUGUACAACGACGACCUCAUUCACUUCUCCAAGUCUGAGAACUGCAAAGAUGUUUACAUAGAGAAGCAGAAAGGUGAGAUCCUUGGGCUGGUCAUCGUCGAGUCCGGCUGGGGCUCCAUCCUCCCCACUGUCAUCAUCGCCAACAUGAUGCACGCCGGCCCGGCGGAAAAGUCCGGAAGGCUAAACAUCGGCGACCAGAUCAUGUCCAUCAAUGGCACGAGUCUGGUGGGCCUCCCGCUGUCUACCUGCCAGACCAUCAUCAAGGGGCUGAAGAACCAGUCACGGAUAAAGCUGAACAUCGUCCGAUGCCCCCCAGUCACCACUGUCCUAAUCAGAAGACCAGACCUAAGAUACCAGCUGGGCUUCAGUGUCCAGAAUGGCAUUAUAUGUAGCCUUAUGAGAGGGGGGAUAGCUGAGAGGGGUGGGGUGCGCGUGGGCCAUCGCAUUAUCGAGAUCAACGGCCAGAGCGUGGUGGCCACCCCUCACGAGAAGAUUGUACACAUUCUGUCCAAUGCAGUGGGAGAGAUCCACAUGAAGACCAUGCCUGCUGCCAUGUACCGCCUGCUGACUGCCCAGGAGCAACCCGUUUACAUCUAACGAUUCAAACGCUUCCCCCUCCCUUCUUCCCUCCCACUCUCCCCAUCCCUCCAUUGUCUAUCAUAACCUUUGACCUCUGACACAUGAUGUAACCUUAGUCAGCAUCUUUGACUCUUGACCCCACUCCCCACGUGCAUAUGGCAUGGUGUGGUGACUGACCGAUGCGUCUCCGGCUUCCCGCUGGCCACGGCUGGGGUGGUCUUACUCUUCUCCACACACACCACACUACACUGCAACCCCAAACUUCCCCCCCCACCUCCACCCAUCUCUGCCUCCUACCUCUGUAGCCCCCUCUCCCUUCCCUCUGAGGCUUCUGUGUCUGCUGUGAAGUGCAAUAUCCUGUUUGUGUGCGCACACUUCUGACUGAUAACCAGGCAUGGGAGGUGGGCUGGGGUGGAAUGGAGUGGAGUGGAGUCGGAUUGAUGUGAUGAGGGUAGAUGAUAGAUAGGUGGAUGGAAGAAUCAAAGUGGGAGAGGAAUCUGGGGCAUUUUAACGGCAUAUGGUCUGCAAGUUAAGGGGGCAGGGGAGGGUGUCCAUUUGAAAAGCUGUUUCUUUUGAAAGAAUAGUCUGCAAACACCCACUUUGUUUGCUUGGUUUGACAGAUUUCCUCUCACCAUGUUAAUGUGAAUAUAGAGCGUGAUUAUGAAGCCUUCCCUUUAACAGGCUGCCUGUAACAAACGAGUACGAAGGUUAUGUGAUUUUUUUUUUAUUUAUGUUUUGGUUUGUACAUAGUUUUGUUUUCUGACCUUCAUCAAACAUUCCAGAUUUAUUUUCUUUCCAUUCCCAUUGUAAAGGGCAGCUUUGAUCCUGACCGUACUGCUUACAGAAUCUGGACCAAACUUUGGAAGCGUUCCAUGGAAUUCCAGUAAAAAAAGCGUGCUUUCAGAAACAAAAAGGUAUCUGUAAAAGGAAAAGCUGGUUUUUUGAUUCACAGACAGUGAAUCUGUGAGGGAUUUCAUGCCUUAACACAACCCAACUGUAUAUUAACAUGAGUGUCAUUAGCAGGCUAAACCCUGUUCACCCUGGUCAAGAGAAGGAUUGGAAUGGUAGUACAAAGAAUGCAUCUAACUGUAGAAAGAUCACAUCUGACUCCAAUAGGUGAAGGGAAUGAACAAAAGGGUUUGGUGAUUCUGGAAAUAAUUACAGAGCUCUUGCACAGGGUGAUUACAAACCUACUCAUUUAGAAUGGGAAUAACACAAUUUAGACAGACGAUUAUUUUCUAACAUACUAAGGUGAAGAAGACAUAUAAAAUCAACUCUGUUCUGGAGAAAAACAGUUUUAUGUAUUAGUGGGGGUUUUGUGUGCAAUAUAUAAUGAUCUCCAGAGGCAGUGUUAUUUUUUUUUUAAAACUAGAUUAUAUAAUUUCCUUGUUCAGCACUUCACUUUAAUUCCUUUAUGGUUAACCUUUAUUAUUAUUGUUAAUUCUUAUGGGACUUUGUUUAAUCUAUAAUUUAUAUGCCGUUUGUACUGCAGUUUUAAUUGGGUUGUGGAGAAAUGUGAUGUUGCAGACUUUAUACUUGAACAUGACUUGGUGGUAGAAGACAUUGUGAAAAUGCGGGAUGCUUUUUUUUUUCAUCUAUUGUUUUAUUAGAUUUCUGUUAUAUUUUGGUGUAUUUUGACCUUGAUAACAUUUACAUCUUAUGUCUUAAAAAGUGAUGCUUUGAGGAAAGGAAAAAGGAAAGUAGACAUUUUUGUUUUGAGAGUGGGGUCCUCUGGAGUUAAAUGAUCUACCAGAGAUGGGUAUUCUCUCAAGCGGUAGGAUAUGUGCUUUGUGGUUUGGCUGCAGUUUUGAACUAUCUUAUAUCCAAUCAUGGUCAACAUUAAAAGGACCAAAACCUUUAUCAAAAAAGACAUCCUUGAAAAUGUGAAAUUUAGUUAUUGAAAAUGGAUAUUGAUGUUUUAGUGCAUUAGGAUAAACAAAACAAGAGUGUUUUGCUUAUAUUAGUGGGAAAAGGUACAUGAAUGCAGUGGUGUCCCACUGUAAUUUGUAAGUGUGACUACAUUUCUUUUUGACGAAAGGCAGACAGGGUCUGGCAAUGUCCUCGCCCCGCGAUAAGAGCCUGGGUGAGAGAGAAGCCCAAGGCCAGCCUCAGGUAGCACUGCUCUGGAUAUCUGAUUGUCUUUCCAACCUCUCUUUGAAACAGAAGGAUUAGCUUGAGGGACUGGGGAAGUGCCAGACAGACCCCCGACCCCCCAGGGGUUUGGACUGAGCCAUUCUGACACCCUUAAAACUCAAGCUCCUGCAUUCUCUUUCAUACGACACUCUUCUGACACUGAUGCUCUGCACCCUCCCCCUCCUCUCUCUCUCUCUGUCUUUCCCUUGCUGGAGUCGGUGAAGGUGAGCCGGUGAGAUGUGGAGACAGCAUGAUUGAUUGUGCUCUUUGCGCCCCUUGGGUCGGACAGGGGGUUGUACCAAAAUGUUAUUGCUUCCCUUUGCACUUGGACUCCUCCCAGGAUGCAGCCCCCCCCCCAUAAGUCCUCCCUUCCUGCCUCUCCUCUCCUGCACUCUUUCUCUCUGUUCAGAACUCUACGACCCCCACGGACACGCACCUCAUGUUUACACAAGUGCCCAAUUGGCUUGGCAUCCUUCAUUCAGGCCUACCUGGUACUGCUCGUUCUGCUGCUGGUUCUGGUCUGGUUGCGCCUGCACUGGGUCUGUGGGUGGGCCAGGCAAGCAUCCAGCUGCCAUGCAUCUAAAGCCCCUAUAACCCCCGUUCUAACCUCCCUGCCCUGCUGAAGCACAGGCUUGCAAAUAAACAUAAACAAAAAACUUACUCCCGAUACGGUGAUUGUUCCAAGUGUAUGUCUCAUCCCUGAAGAUCAUUUUGGCCUUACAAUUGCUGUUUUUUUUUUUUUUUUUACUUUAUUGAUCAAAGCGCAGUGUGAGUGUGACCACGUUUUUAUUUUUGGUAUUUUAUUCUCUGUUAAGCAUGGUCUGUAGUCGUUUGUAUGCUUUAUCACAUGCUAAAAUGGUAAGAGUGAUGUGUGAAGAUCGUUUACUCCAUCAUAAACCAAAACCAGCGUGGAAAUCUAAAUAAAUACAACUAUAUAUUUAUAUGAUAUAUCUAUAUGUAUACCAUAAAGACAUCUAAUGAUAAAUGAGUCAUAUUAGAUAUAUAUAUAUAUAUACAUAUGUAUACACUGCUGUGCAAAGGUUAUUGAUGGCAGAAGUAUCGUCCCUCCACUCUAAACAUCCAAGAUGAUAUUAAUGGACACCCCUUUCAGAGUUGUUAUUUAUGCUCUAAAGUUGUUUUUCUCUUUGUUUCACAAACUGAAAGAUAAGAUAUUGAUAAAAUACUUCAACUUUGUCUCUACAAAAAGGAAUUCUCAAUUUUCCCCCCCACUAGCAAAGAUUUCAACUUCUUGCACAGUGGUGUUUCAGUAGGAAUUAUAUAUUCAUGGUUAUUUUGUGUGUUGCUAUUAGGACUUGACAAUAAGACGCUUUAGAGAAUAAUAAUGUGGGAGCACGCAGAUGGACACAUUGAUGGGAACAGGACCUGUAGAAGUGGUAGAUGUGUACAUAUAGAACUUGAGACAUAAUGGACACAGGGGUACACAUGUUUGGGGAUACUACUGUAGAGUGGUGAUUUUAGAAAGGUCUGUCUUACGAAAUGACAAACAUGUGACAGACAUGAGUAGAGGGUUGCUGUGGAGAUGGUUAUUAUGUUUAUGAUGCACUUGUUCUGAAUGUACUUACUCUUACAUAUGUUUGUCAAAAUGUCGACAGAGAAAAAAAACGAGGAAAAAAAACACUUUCUGUAAAGCAACAGCAAUGUCUAUUUAUUUGCUAGCUUUUCCGUGAUGUUACAAUUAUUGAGCUACAUUCCUAUACCAUAGCUGGAAUGUUUGUAACAGUAUUUACAACAGUAAAUGACUUACAGAGA